GGCGCAGACGUCCGGCGGUGGUGUAGGACGCCGUGCGUCUCCCUGGAGCCGGUGAGGUUGAUGGUGGCCGUGGCGGACUUGGCAGGACACGAUGACUUCAGCGAGUAAGGCAGUUGAGUUGCAGUUCCAGGUGAAGCACAAUGCAGAGGAGCUACAGGACUUCAUGAGGGACUUGGAGCACUGGGAGAAGGACAUGCAGGAGAAGGACCUGGAGCUGAGAAGACAGGGUGGCGUUGCCGAGGAGAAUUUACCUCCUAUUCGAAAUGGGAAUUUUAGAAAAAAGAAGAAAGGUAAAGCUAAAGAUUCUUCCAGAAAAACCAAAGAAGAAAACACGAAAAACAGAAUAAAAUCUUACGAUUAUGAUGCCUGGGCAAAACUGGAUGUGGACAGGAUUCUCGACGAGCUUGAUAAGGAAGACAGCACCCACGAUUCUCUGUCCCAGGAGUCAGAGUCGGACGAAGAUGGCGUUCGUGUGGAUUCCCAGAAGGCCCUUGUUCUAAAAGAAAAGGGCAAUAAGUACUUCAAGCAAGGAAAAUACGAUGAAGCCAUCGAAUGCUACACGAAAGGCAUGGAUGCUGAUCCCUACAAUCCCGUGCUGCCAACAAACAGAGCGUCGGCUUACUUUAGACUGAAAAAGUUUGCUGUUGCUGAGUCUGACUGUAACUUGGCCAUCGCCUUGAGCAGGAGUUACACCAAGGCUUACGCCAGACGCGGGGCAGCUCGGUUUGCUCUGCAGAAGUUAGAGGAGGCCAGAAAAGAUUAUGAGAAAGUGUUAGAACUGGAGCCAGAUAACUUUGAAGCAACAAAUGAACUCAGGAAAAUUAAUCAGGCUUUGACAUCCAAGGAAAACUCAGGUCCCAAAGAAGCUGCUGCUGAGAGCAAGCCAGCUGCAGGAGAGAGAAAACCAAAGGACGAUCAGCAGGGCAGGCAGAAGGCCAUCGCGGAGAAAGACCUGGGCAACGGAUUUUUCAAAGAGGGGAAAUAUGAGCAAGCAAUUGAAUGCUACACCCGCGGGAUAGCAGCAGACUGCACCAACGCCCUGCUCCCAGCUAACAGAGCGAUGGCCUAUCUCAAGAUUCAAAAAUAUGAAGACGCUGAAAGAGACUGCACACAAGCGAUCUUACUAGAUGGCUCAUACUCAAAAGCGUUUGCCAGAAGAGGAACCGCAAGGACAUUUUUGGGAAAGAUCAAUGAGGCCAAGCAAGAUUUUGAAACUGUUUUACUUCUGGAACCUGGAAAUAAGCAAGCGGUGACCGAGCUUUCCAGAAUUAAAAAGGAAUUAAUUGAGAAAGGCCAUUGGGAUGAUGUCUUCCUCGACUCCACACAGAGACACAAUGUGGUGAAAGCCGUGGCUAACCCUCCUCCCCCUCACGGGUCACCUAAAGCACUCAAGAAGGUUUUUAUUGAAGAAACUGGCAAUUUGAUAGAGACUGUUGAUGCACCAGAUAGUUCUGCCACUGUCCCCGAGAGUGAUCGAGCAACGGCGGCUGUGGGCACAGGAAGCAAGAAUUCAAGCCAGGGUGUCUCUCUGCCCGCAGGAGAUAGGCCAAGAGCUAAAGUGUUGAAAAUAGAAGCAGUCAGCGACACUUCAGCCCCACAAGCACAGGUGGAGGUGAAGCAGGAUGCCCGUCAGCCUGUGAGUGAGAAGGCCUCCGUGAGGGCAGAGCAGACACCGGGGCAGCUGGCUGCUGCUGUUCUGCCUCCAGUUCCUGCCAACUCCUUCCAGCUCGAGUCUGAUUUCAGACAGUUGAGAAGUUCCCCAGAGAUGCUGUAUCAGUAUGUAAAGAAAAUCGAACCAUCUUUGUAUCCGAAGUUGUUUCAGAGAAACCUAGAUCCAGAUGUAUUCAAUCAAAUCAUUAAGAUUUUACACGACUUUUACAUUGCGAGGGAAAAGCCAACUCUCAUCUUUGAAGUCUUAGAACGACUUUCUCAGCUGAGAAGGUUUGACAUGGCCGUGAUGUUUAUGUCAGGACCUGAGAGAAAGCUUACAAAUGUAUUAUUCAAUCACUUAGAAAAAUCAGAACUGAAAGAAGAUUCUAUUGAAGAGCUCAAGAAAAGAUACGGCGGCUGACCUCCAUGGUUGGACGCUGCCACUUCUGUGUAUAUUAUUUUCCUUACUGAAAUCAAGUGUUUGACUUUUUACAAAAGUGAAACCUUACCUGAGAGGAGUUUCCUCUCUGGAUGACAGUUGAUUCACUGUGAGUGUUCUGUGGCCUAACUAGUGAGAAAUGCUUCAAAUAAAUUAAGUUUUUAUGAGUUAUAU